AAAAGGAAAGAGCGUAAAUAGUUGGUUGACAAUUAUUCUCUGAAGUCAUAUGCCUAGAUAGAUUUUCCGUCGAUUGCACACUGCGCUCACGCGGAGAGCGUCUUUUUUCUUCACAAUUUCCCUCCCUUGUAUUUUCACGGUCCAAUUUAUUUCCAAGUAGAAGCCGGAUUCGUUCUUUAUUGAAAGGAGGCUGUGAUAUAAGGAAUUAUCAAAAUGUUCAGCAGGAUUUUUGGGCGUCCCAAGCAGGACACUAGUACUCUUUCAACUCUCGACAAACUCAACGAGACUCUGGAGAUGCUCGAGAAGAAGGAAAAAGUACUGCAAAAGAAGAUUCAAGGAGAGGUGGAAAAGGCCAAAGAAUUCACUCGUGCAAAGAAUAAGAGAGCGGCAAUACAAUGCUUGAAGAGAAAGCGGCUUUAUGAAGUGCAAGUUGAGCAGCUUGGCAAUUUCCAGUUAAGAAUUCAUGAUCAGAUGAUCAUGUUGGAAGGUGCAAAAGCUACAACAGAAACUGUUGAUGCAUUGCGGACUGGAGCAUCAGCCAUGAAAGCAAUGCAAAAGGCAACUAAUAUUGAUGAUGUGGACAAGACAAUGGAUGAGAUCAACGAACAAACUGAGAACAUGAAACAGAUUCAGGAAGCAUUGUCAACACCUAUUGGUGCAGCUGCAGAUUUUGAUGAAGAUGAAUUAGAAGCUGAGCUUGAAGAAUUAGAGGGUGCGGAGUUGGAGGAGCAACUGCUGCAGCCUGCCACAACCACCCCAGCAAUGCCUGCACAAUAUAUUCCUGCUGGCAAGCAUCCCACACAACCGGCACCCCAGAAAAUGCGUCCACAGAAUACGGCUGAGGAAGAUGAGCUUGCCGCUCUGCAGGCAGAGAUGGCAAUGUAAAGGUCACAAUCCAUCAAUACAAGCAGGUUGUAAGAACAUUUAAUACAUAAUAUCUGCUUAUUAGUGUUCAAUUUGGACAUUAAUCUACUAAUGAAGUUCAAUAUGGGUUCAAUAAUUGUCACAUUUUUGUUAUUUAAUGAUGUUUUCUGGAGCAGACAGACGUAUGAAUUGUACUAAGAUUGUGGUUAAUGCCAAUGAAUAUAUUCUCAAGGGGUGGGUUAGGUUAUGCAAAAAAAUUGUGAUCUUAAUUUUUCUAUUUUAAAUAUGAAGUAAUGUUUCAUAUUGGGUUGCUGUGAGCGUAAGGUUUUGUUGGAGGAUGACAAUUUGAUCACCAUGGUUGGCUCACAACUUUCCAUGGUGCCAUCCUCUUAUAAAUUUGUAAAAAGGAAUGCUGUAUUUUACAUUUUUAGUGCUGAGAUCAUUCAAGAUGCCUUGGCAUGUGUUAUUGUACAA